UAACACACAAGCCACAUGGUGAACUCGUGUCAGGAGCCAAAACCAUGCCAGAAGGUCCAGAGUUGCAUCUUGCCAGCAAGUUUGUUAAUCUUGUCUGUAAAGGUAGGCUUUUUAAAGGCCCGAUAAUUAAAUCAGAGGUGAGUAAACAUGCUGAUGUGGAGUUUGAAGAUGAGUACACUAUCUCGGCUACCUCAAGGGGCAAAGAAAUGAAGCUCACAUUAAACACCAUAUGCGAGGACAAGAAAUCACUAAGUAAAAGCAGAUCUCUGGACAUCGUAUUUCAGUUUGGCAUGUCCGGGAAGUUUGAUUUUUAUGAAGCAACUGAACUGAAGAAGCAUGCACAUCUUAAUUUCUUCACUAAAGAUGAACCCAGGAUGGUGCUAAGUUUUGUUGACUACAGGAGAUUUGGGAAAUGGCAGGUGGGCGGCGAAUGGUCAAAAGAGAGAGGUCCAUGUGUCAUGUUUGAGUACCAGGCCUUUAGGAAGAAUGUCCUGGACAAUGUGAAGCACUCAGUUUUCAACAAACCAAUCUGUGAAUUUCUUUUGAACCAAACAUACUUCAAUGGAAUAGGAAAUUACUUGAGAGCUGAGAUACUAUACAGGGCAGGAAUACCACCAUUUGUGUCUGCUAGGUCAGUUUUGGAACCUCUCUGUGAUGAAGUAUCUGAGAAUUCAGAAAAAUUGAGACUCAAAACAGAGACCCCGGACAUUUUACAGCUGUGUCAUAUUCUGCCACAGGAAGUGAUCAAUCUAGGAGGGACAGGCUACGACCCUGAGGGGAGAGAUCCAGAUUAUUCAAAGUUCUCAGAAUGGCUUCAGUGUUAUUAUAAGGAAGGCAUGGACAACAUGGCGGACCACAACAAGAGAACCAUUUGGUUUCAUGGCAAUCCAGGGCCCUUGGUUCCAAAAGAAAUCACAGUUAGGGGACUAAAGAGAAAUUCAAAAGUGGCCAAGAAUAAUGCAAAGAAAAUGAAGAAAGACACAGAGUCAGAGCAGUCAGAAGUGGAAAAUGGUGGCUCAGAAACUGUGACAAGAAGGAAGCUCCAGGAAGCAGAAGACAGGGAUGCUAAGCAGAAGACAGUAAAGUCCUCAAGAAAAUCGUCAGCAAAAUCACUUAAAACAUUAUCAAACAAAAGCAGGAAGUUUGACAGUCCAUCAGAUUUAGGAAAAAAUGAAUCUGCUCAUAUAAGAAAAAUAGUUAAAACAGUGGAAGAAAAAGACUUGAAUCAGAAAAAAUCUAAAUCAUCCAUCACAGAGAAAAGUUCAGCUUCAAAGAUUGUUGUAAAUGGAGAUUCAAACACCCUGAAAGCAAAGGUAUUACAGAAAGGAAGGAAGAGAAGGGCAACCCCUAACAGUGUGAUUGUCAAGUCUGAUAGCAUAGGGCAAAAGCACACUACACCUGGUGACAGGAGAUCAAAGUCUUCUGUUUCCAUUCUGAAUGGCAGGAGUGUAGUAGACGGCACCCCAAAGUCAGUGAGGCAGAGGUCGGAAAGAGCUGCUAGGGCAAGACGCCGCUAUCAGAGAUGAAUCUGUUGACAGCAUGACUUUCCUAAAACAAGAUAACAGAAGAAGAUACUUGAUAGAAAAAGGUCUACAUUCCUGAAUGUAUUGUCUGAAAAACCUGACAGAAAGUAUAUCAUGUUCAGCACCAACUGCUGAAUUAUAAAAAUGUACAGGUAUAAUUGUAAAAAGGAGUAAUGAUUUCCAAGCCAAAAUGGAUGGGAUUUUGUUGAUGGACCAGGUAUCAUAAAUGCUGGUGUUCAGUUUUUUUUUUAUGCUCCACCAUUGUUUCUCUUGUCUGUCUGUCCUUCCAUCACACCUUGCAUUUAGCUCAGUUUCAAAGAAACUAUUCAAGAAAUUUUUAUCAAACUUUAUAAAUUAUGCUGAUACAUACUGAUGAGAGCUAUUCAACUGCAUCAGCAUCAAUUUUAUUGACCUUGACAAUUACAUGGCAUUUAUAUUCUUUGUCCCGUUUUUGAAUGUAUGUAAAAUAUAGGAUAAAUUUUAUCUAAAAAAAUUUGGUAUAAAGUCUGAAAAAAACAACAACAAAAGAUUGAUCCACUUAUGUAUCUUGCUAUACAUGAGGGUACGCAAGUUGAACAUUUUAAAUUUAUUGAUUUUGUAUACUCGGUUUUAAAAGUAUUUUGAUA